GACUGUAUCAUUACCCAACACUUAACUUGUCCACCAAAACCAGCUCUCCAACGCUGUCACAAACUCUUCCCCUUCAGAAAAAUUAAAAAAGUAAAAAAAAUUUCAAUUCUCUACUUCCUCUUUCCUCUUCAUUUCUCUAUUUUUUUCUCCGUAAUGUAUUCUCUGCAAAUGUUAUUCAAUUGAACAUUUGAACUCAAUACUCUGCUCAAAACCGAAUAAUAGACAAACACCAUGUCAACGAAUUCCAUUAAUGGAGCUGCCGACCAAGAAUCACUUACAGUUCCGUUACUCACAUCUUCUCGAUCCAUCACUAACUCUACUUCUCAAGUUGCUAUCGUUGGAGCCAAUGUCUGCCCUAUCGAAAGCCUCGACUACGAAGUUGCUGAGAAUGAUUUCUUUAAGCAGGAUUGGAGGACUCGAGGAAAGAUCCAGAUUUUUCAAUACUUGUUUAUGAAGUGGUCGCUUUGUUUCUUAAUCGGAAUCGUUGUUAGUCUUAUUGGGUUUUUUAAUAAUCUUGCUGUUGAGAAUAUUGCUGGUGUGAAGUUUGUUGUAACUUCCAAUAUGAUGCUCCAUAAUAGGUAUUGGAUGGCUUUUCUAGUGUUCUCACUAUCUAAUUUUGCUCUUACUCUGUUCUCUUGCAUCAUCACGGAUUUUAUUGCUCCAGCUGCUGCUGGUUCUGGUAUACCAGAAGUGAAAGCUUACCUGAAUGGUGUGGAUGCACCGGGAAUUCUUUCCGUGCGAACUUUGGUUGUCAAGAUUAUUGGAAGCAUUUCUGCUGUUUCAUCAUCACUUCUUGUUGGAAAGGCAGGGCCCAUGGUGCAUACUGGUGCAUGUAUUGCAUCAUUGCUGGGUCAGGGUGGAUCUAGAAAAUAUAAAUUGACAUGGAAAUGGCUACGCUAUUUCAAAAAUGACCGGGAUCGCCGAGAUCUUGUAACAUGCGGAUCAGCUGCUGGAAUUGCUGCUGCCUUUCGUGCCCCAGUCGGUGGUGUGCUGUUUGCUCUUGAAGAAAUGGCUUCUUGGUGGAGAAGUGCCCUUUUGUGGAGAGCUUUCUUCACAACAGCCAUAGUUGCAAUUGUGCUUCGGGCUCUAAUUGAUUUAUGUUUGAGUGGCAAAUGUGGGCUAUUUGGUACUGGAGGGCUCAUAAUGUUUGAUGUCUAUUCAGCAAAUGUUACAUAUCACCUCAUUGACGUGCCGCCUGUGCUUCUCCUUGGAGUUAUAGGGGGCAUAUUGGGAAGUUUCUAUAAUUUUCUUUUAGAGAAGGUUCUUCGGAUUUACAAUCUAAUUUAUGAGAAAGGCACAAUUUACAGAAUUCUUCUUACUUGUUCAAUUUCUAUAUUCACGUCCCUUCUUCUUUUCGGAUUACCAUGGCUGGCAUCUUGUCAAACUUGUCCAUCUGAUGCACCAGAAGCCUGUCCAACAAUAGGCCGUUCUGGCAACUACAAGAAAUUUCAAUGUACUCCUGGUCACUAUAAUGAUCUAGCUAGCCUCAUUUUUAACACAAAUGAUGAUGCUAUUAGAAAUCUUUUCAGCAGGGACACUGAUGAGGAGUUUCAAUAUUCUUCAGUUCUCAUAUUUUUUAUAACAUGUUACUUUCUUAGCAUCAUUAGUUAUGGGGUUGUUGCUCCUUCGGGUCUUUUUGUGCCAGUUAUUGUGACAGGUGCAUCUUAUGGACGUUUUGUUGGAAUGGUAGUUGGUUCAAAUUCCAGUCUUAAUCACGGGCUCUUUGCUGUGCUGGGUGCUGCUUCAUUUCUUGGUGGAUCCAUGAGGAUGACAGUUUCUUUAUGUGUUAUCAUCCUAGAAUUGACCAAUAAUCUGUUGCUACUACCCUUGAUAAUGUUGGUUCUUCUUGUUUCCAAGACUGUGGCGGAUGCUUUUAAUCAUAACAUUUAUGAUAUUAUCAUGAAAUUGAAGGGUUUUCCUUAUCUAGAAACUCAUUCUGAGCCUUACAUGAGGCAGCUGACAGUUGCAGAUGUAGUUACAGGUCCGCUUCAGCUGUUUCAUGGCAUUGAGAAGGUUGGUAAUAUAGUACAUGUUCUCAAAACAACAAGGCAUAAUGGAUUUCCUGUAAUUGAUGAUCCUCCGCUUUCUGAAUCUGAGGUUCUGCUUGGGCUAAUCCUCCGUGCUCAUCUUGUUGAAUUGCUAAAGAAGAAAGUUUUUUCAUCUACUCCAGUGUCAAUAAGCGCUGAUGCCUUUAGUCAAUUCUCAGCUGACGACUUUGCAAAGAGGGGCUGGGGUAAUGGUGACAAGAUAGAGGAUAUAGAAAUUACUGAAGAAGAGAUGGAGAUGUUCUUAGAUUUACAUCCUUUCACUAAUGCUUCGCCUUAUACUGUUGUGGAGACGAUGUCUCUGGCCAAGGCUCGCACACUCUUUCGGGAAGUUGGUUUAAGGCACCUGCUGGUGAUACCCAAGAUAUCUAGUAGGUCCCCUGUUGUAGGCAUAUUGACAAGGCAUGACUUCAUGCCAGAACAUAUACUGGGUUUGCACCCUUUGCACAUUGGGAGCAGAUGGAAAAGACUAAGAAUCAGACUGCCCCAUUUAUUUAAAAUUUUCUAAGGUAUGUCUUGCAUGUACUGGGUGUACACUUUCCCGAUCAGGAGCAGCACAGGUGGAAAAGCAUCUUGCUGUUUAUUUCGCUUAAAAGCACCUAGGUGUCUCAAUCAAGUAUUGGAGGUUGUGCUUAAAAAUGAGGUAGCAGUCCUAUUUGAGCUCCAAAAUACACUUUGAGCUUCCUCGAAUAAAACAACCAGAAACAAAGAAGAUCAGAUGAGGAGUAUCAUGUUAAAGCAUCAGACUGCUUAUAAGUAACACAACGAGAUGAGGUAAGUCAUUGUGUCAAGAAAAUUUGUUGGAACAAACUUUGCCGUACUGAAAUAUCUGUACUUUAUUUCAAACACAAAAUUUUCAAAGUUAACUAUUUGUUCAUAUUUUUAGAAAAAGCAUUUGAACCCUUUUUGAAUACAGCUGCAUUGCUACUAUUAUCACUACCAUUAGAUUUUUGAGUCACUUUGAGAUUGAGGUUGAAAUUACUUUGCUCGUGAAAUCAGUAUUUUAGAUGCUGUUGGAAGGAAAAAAAAAAAAACCUCGAGUUGUGUAGCUUUUGUGAAGCUUUAACACACAGGCUCUUCUCAUUAUUAACUCAAGCAGACUAUAUAUGGUGUUAUAUAAAUCUUCUCCAGUGUUUUGUU